GACAUGCCGAUCGUUCUCGCAACGCUUCGCCCCAUCCUUUCUGCCUCAGCGCAGCAGCCAAGCCUAGGCGAUAAGCCCACCGAAUGGCCGCCAUGGGCACGGUCAGAGCAUGCGCGCCUCCUGCCGCCGUGGGCGCUGCCUCCGCCGCACCCUCCACCAGGGACGCUGCCCAGACGAAGAGGUCGUCCUCGAGGACCGCCCGCGUGCUCGUGCUCGGCGGCACCGGCCGCGUCGGGGGCUCCACGGCCGCCGCGCUCUCCAAGCUCCGCCCCGACCUCAGCAUCCUCGUCGGAGGCAGGAACCGGGAGAAAGGCGAGUCCUUUGCAGCUAAGCUUGGGGAGCAGACUGAGUUUGUCCAAGUUGAUACACGCAAUGCCACCAUGCUGGAGAAAGCGGUACAGGGUGUGGAUUUAGUGGUCCAUACUGCUGGACCUUUCCAAAGGGCGGAGGAAUGCACUGUAUUGCAGGCAGCAAUAUCUACUAAGACAGCAUACAUUGAUGUUUGCGAUGAUACUGAUUAUUCGUGGAGAGCAAAAGGUUUCCAUGAACAAGCAAAAGCUGCUGGUGUUCCAGCUAUUACUACUGCUGGCAUAUAUCCUGGAGUCAGCAAUGUGAUGGCUGCUGAACUUGUACAUGCUGCCAGAAGUGAAAAUAACGAACCUGAGAGACUAAGAUUCUUCUACUACACUGCAGGUACUGGUGGUGCUGGUCCAACAAUACUGACAACAAGUUUCCUUCUUCUUGGGGAGGACGUAAUUGCAUAUAACAAGGGAGAAGAAAUCAAAUUGAAACCCUACAGUGGAGCUCUGAACAUUGAUUUCGGAAAGGGGGUCAGAAAGAAAAAUGUUUACUUAUUGAAUUUGCCUGAAGUGAAGAGCGCUUUUAAGAUUUUAGGUGUACCAACUGUUAGUGCCCGAUUUGGUACUGCUCCUUUCUUCUGGAAUUGGGGAAUGCAGGCUUUCGCGAACAUUUUACCUGUCGAGCUCUUGAGGGAUAAAAAUAAGGUUCAGAAGUUGGUUGAGUCUAUUGAUCCUUUGGUUCGAGCAGUUGAUGGCAUAGCCGGAGAGCGUGUCUCCAUGAGAAUAGAUUUGGAGUGUUCAAAUGGCAGGAAUACCGUUGGAUUAUUUACUCAUAAAAAGCUAUCUGUAUCUGUGGGAUAUGCAACAGCUGCGUUUGCUUUGUCGGUUCUUGACGGCAAGACGCAGCCAGGCGUUUGGUUUCCUGAAGAGCCGGAGGGAAUACCAAUCGAAGCAAGGGAGCCGCUUCUUGAAUGUGCAUCUCAAGGAACUUCUAACUUCGUGAUGAACAAGCCUUCCUGGAUGGUGGAAACCGAUCCGAAGGAAGUCGGCCUAGGAAUUUACGUGUGAGGAAAUGAAUUGCGCUUUAAUUCUAGGAUAUCUGGCAUUCCACAUUUUAAUCUUGGAGUUCUUUUGUGUUCUCAUAACAUAUAUAUGGAGUAAUUUCCCCUCAGCAAGAAGUUGAACGUGAGUAUGCCGUAUGUGACAGCCAACAGCACGUUGUUGAAGUCUCCCCAAGGUUGGGUGAUAUUAUUAGGUGGGAUAUUUUGUUUUUGAAAGGGUUUGUACAGAAAGAUAAUUGUUGACUUGUUGUUAGUAAAGGCAUUACAGAUGAUUGGGAUAAUUAUGCAUCACAAAAUAUACACUUGAAUCGUGGUGGAAGGAUGGUGCAUGUAAUU